GUGUUUGGGCCCACGGUGACUACUGUAAAAUCAACCCAAAGACAGGAGGAAUUGUCAUGCUUGGCAGAAGCGAUGGAACUUUGAACCCCAAUGGUGUGCGUUUUGGGAGCUCGGAGAUCUACAACAUUGUGGAGGCCUUUGAGGAAGUGUCCGACAGCCUUUGCGUUCCACAGUACAAUGGGGACGGUGAGGAGAGAGUGAUCCUGUUCCUGAAGAUGACGCCCAACCAGUCCUUCGGCCCGGAGCUGGUACACAAAAUUCGCGGAGCCAUCCGGAAAGCCCUCUCCGCACGCCACGUACCGGCGCUGUUCCUGGAGACCAGAGACAUUCCUUACACCCUCAGUGGGAAGAAGGUGGAGGUGGCUGUGAAGCAGGUGAUCGCUGGGAGGGAGGUGACCCAGAGAGGGGCCUUCUCCAACCCGGACUCCCUUGACCUCUACAAGAACCUGCCAGAGCUCCAGAACUUCUGAGAACUUCUACAGUACACAUGAAAAACAAAAAACGAGACAAAAAAAAAAGACAGUUUCCCCAGAAACUCUUGAACUCUUGUCCAUUUGAAGAGGAGAGGAGCUGGGUCAUUAGGUACAGACCGUUGAAUGGUGGCCCUGGCUUCUCGUCCUCCUCUAACUCUUCAGUGACCUCCUGACCUCACAUGGCCAUCCCAUUGGCUCCCUCUGGGUUCAGGACUGACCAAAAAAAAAAAGAAUAAAAAAGGAAUCCAGCAAAAUGCGACGUAGUAACAUUGACAUCCCCCAUUGCCCUUUUGGGAAUGCCUUUGCUUUGGCUUGUGUAAAUUUCUAGAUGUUCCUCUUUACGGGACUGGAGAUUUGCUUCUCACUGCUUGUGGUGUGGUGUUAACGUCGUGGCCUAACUUAUUAUGAUAAAACGAAGGUGAGUAAGUAUGGACCUGSCAAUGGGACCCAGGUGUUUUUAAAAGAACGUUGCCUUUUUGUUUGUAUAGCUUUAUUGCUAUUAAGGGAUGAGGGAGUAGUGGUGUUGAAAGAUCAUUUUGACAUUCAACGUUUUAAAAAAAAAAAUCACAUUUUAACUGUUACCUUUUUUAAAAUUGUGAACACAGCCAGUCAAUCUUCAAAACAGAUUUAAAUUUAAAAAAAAAUAGCAUCCCUUCCCCCACUUCUUUAACACAUUCUAGUCCCGCCCACCUGCUAGUCCCACCCACACAAACGUCAUUAAGUUUGUUGCAAAGAAGAGCGUUGGUUAUUAUUACUCUGGUUAUUCACCCGUAUUCAUGGCAGCUCCUCAGUGGGUGGAAGAGAGACACUUUCUGCCAAAUGACCAAUGAAAUGGCUGUGAUGAAUACACAGCAGAUUUUAGGCAAUUAACGAGCCCCCUUGAGACUUCCUGGUUUUAUGUUAUUACGGCGGUCACAGCUGAGCUGGUGUUAUACUGUAUGGGGGUUACCCCCCCCCCAUAGAGUAAGGCUUUGUUGUUUAACUCUAAAAUAGAUUUUUAGACACUACUGAACGCUAGUCAUUGGCACUGAGAUGUUCCUUGAUUUAUUUUUGUUUUUUAGUUCGUUUAGAGUAAAACACGUGUGUAGAUGCAUGUCUCCAAACAGCUAUACUUAUCUCUUGUUGUGGUGAGCCAUGAAAUCACCUCAGUUAAACAAACACUAUUGAUGGUGUUGUUGUGCUGUAGUCGGUUGACCAAUCACUACACUAAUUCUGCAUAAAAUAGUCAAAUCAUCUGUUUUCCUUCGACCCAUCAAUGCAGUGCAAAAAGAACACUUUCCAUUUCAACCAAUCACCACACAUUUAGCACAUAAUAUGUUUCAAUCAAGCCACACGUCAACAAACGUUUUUUCCCUCGUCAGCGUAUUUUCACCACAAGUUAGACAACGUCAUCGACAGUUACCGAUAUGGACAUCGUUCCAAAGUGACCUCGACAGAGACUGGGUUUGGUUUAAGACCCACGUAACUUGUGUUUAGGGUGGGGGAGCUUCCAUGGUUUUACUACAGGGUUUUACUCUCUGUUUAGGGAAUCAACAAAGCACUUAGGUCACAAAACAUUAAUUCUCUUUGUCUACGUCCCAAAUGCCAUCCUAUUUCCUAUAAAAGUGCUCUGCAUUUGACCAGGAGUUUAGAGUGCCAUUUGGGACGGAACCCUCCGUCACAUUCCUGAGAAUAUUCCAUUUAGUCUUCCUUCAUCUGGUUUCUCUCAUUUUGUUCUACCUUCCUCCAAGAAACAUAUCAUGUCUAUUUSAAUGCGUUCAAUUCCUCUAGUCUGUUUUGAUUCAUAUAUUUUAAUAAGCUACAACCUUUUUUUUUUAUUUAAUGUUUUUUUUUUUUUUUGCGUAAACAAUUGUAUUGCUCCAUGUAUGAUGAAUGUGUCAUUGACUGUGAUACAGUAUAUGGAGAUAUAUAUAUAUAUAUACGGAUAUGUAAUGUGUUCUUGUACCGUGGACUACUUUGCAUUGUCCCUGUAACCAAUAAAUGGACAACGAUGCAUAUUCUAUUCAAUACGUGUUGGUGAUCAAAUAAAAUGUAACAACUCUUAA